AAAUUCUUUAUCGUCACCACCACCAAUCAAACCACGGUCCAGCCAUAGGUAUGAAUCCCCGCUUAAGACCAAGACCAAGAAUAUAAAUAUAAAUAUCAAUAUAAAUAAAUCGAGAAUUGGCCACAAUGCACUCACUCCACAUACAUACAUACACACAAAGCACCAGCUUACGGCUUACCAACCCACCCACCCGCGCGUCACACAGCCGCGCAGAUCAGCGCGCCCUCUCGCAGCGUCCUGCACCCUCUCAGCCAACCACAGCGCGCACACCAACGCCUAAGCACAGAGGCGUUUUCGCCCUUUUCCACGCCGUUCGACGACGGCAGGGAUGGUGCUACUGCCGUUUUGGGAUGACUGCAUAUGUGUCAUGUAUGCGGCCAGGAAUAUCAUGUUGAAAGCUCCAGCACACGCUUGUACCCUCAAACAGCGGCACUCUCGUCACAAAACACCGUUACAGCCUCUGUAUGCAGAGCAAAAAGCCCACGCUGUUUG